ACCUAUCACCAAGCAGGUUUUCAGGACAAUCGAUUGAUCAAGCCCAUCGUAUACGGACUUUUCGUCCUUGAAACUUUACAGCUCAUUAUGGCGACCCACGACUCUUUUCACACUCUUGCAUUGGGAUGGGGAAAUGAUGGAGAUUUGUUGGACGUUUGGCUCUCUUGGUUUGAUCUUCCCGUUCUAACGGGCAUCACCAGCGCUACGAUCCAAUGUUUCUAUGCGUGGCGCCUCUACAUCCUCAGCAAGUCACUUGUGUUAGCAAUAACGAUCGCAGCUAUCGCAUUAGUGCAGGGCUCCGCAGCAAUGGCUGAAGGUAUCCAAAUAUUCAUAUCACAGAACGUGCCAGGAACCCAGGAUGACACCUUCAAAACGACCGCAGUAUGUGUGUGGCUUGGGGGAACUGCCUUGUGCGAUAUCAUAAUUUGCUGCGCCAUGUUCUAUUUUCUCUCAAAAAGUCGCACUGGGUUUCGUGCCACGGACUCGCUGCUCAACAAGUUGAUUAGGAUUACUAUAGAAACUGGUAUGCUCACUGCCAUAAUUGCUAUUAUCGAGCUCAUCCUGUUUUUGACAUUCAAGCAUAAUUUCUACCAUGUGGUACCAGCAUUUAUGCUUUCGAAAUUGUACAGCAAUUCCUUCCUUGUUCUUCUUAAUAGCCGCAAAAGCACUAGUAAACAGUCAACAACCUCGGACACCUUUCAUUCACUGCCGGAGUUUUCCACCUCAAGGGAGGCUAAUAGGACUGGCGCAAUGAAAGUAGACCUCGCUCACCGGACCUCCUCAGACGAUAUUGGAAUGGUUAGCUUCUCAGAGACCGAAGUACGAACUCCAAAUUGCCUUCCCCCCGCACUAACUCACGCAUUUCUAUAG